GUCAGAACCAGUUUCUCGCUCUGAGAAGGAAGAGAGGAGAUGGCCGACUAGGAGGAGGAAAUCUCACAAUUCUGCUUUAUCGUCGGCAAGAGUCGUUUUAUUCUGGAUUAUUAUCACAGCCUGACAUCAGAGGAGGAGGUUUAAAUCGUUUAGUUCAUCUUUCACGAUGGCGGAACAAAACAGUAACGUCAGAUACCAGGAGCUGGUGAAUGAGGAGGAGCCGGCCCAGCCUUCCCAGGAGACCCCUGUGCCGGAUGCACCACCACCCUACAGCAGCGUUGCUGCAGCUAAUGCAGCGUUCUUCGAAUACAAGGAAGAUGGAGGAAGAUUCCCCAACCCGCCGUCGUACAACGUUGCCACGACUUUACCUUCCUAUGAUGAGGCUGAGAGAAGCAAAGCCGAGGCGGCCGUCCCCCUGGUCACCGGCAGAGUCUCCGUAUGUCUCCUUUUCUCUAUGGAAUCUCAAGAGGAAAGCAGACGUAAGCAAAGAAUGAUAGGAACGGAUUUGCUUCUGUUGUUGCAGGAAGACGAUUUUGUGGCCAGAGAUGACUUUGAGGACGCCGACCAGCUGCGGAUAGGAAACGAUGGGAUCUUCAUGCUCACUUUCUUCAUGGCAUUCCUCUUCAACUGGAUCGGUUUCUUUUUGUCGUUCUGUUUGACCACAUCGGCGGCCGGGCGUUACGGAGCCAUCUCUGGCUUCGGCCUGUCUCUCAUCAAAUGGGUCCUUAUCGUCAGGUUUUCCACCUAUUUCCCGGGAUAUUUUGAUGGACAGUACUGGUUGUGGUGGGUGUUCCUGGCUCUGGGUUUCCUGCUGUUUAUCAGAGGCUUCGUUAACUACUCCAGAGUGCGCAAACUGGUUGAUCCCACCUACGCCAACCUUCCCAGAACAAGGGUGCUUUUCAUCUAUUAGAGGAGGAAAAAAGGUGGUGAAAGGAGUGAAAAGGUGUUUCAGAGUCACACGGAGAGACUUUAAUCAGAAAUUGGCCAGACGACCCCACCCUAAAGAGGACAACCUCAAGAUGGUAACAUAUUCAGGAAAUGUAUCUAUCGUGUUUUUCUUUUGUUAAGCAUUUUAAUAAUGGACAUGGUAAGCAGUAAUAGUCCCUUUUAGGUAUUCGUUAGUGGCUAAUGUUAAGUGCUAUUUACAUCUGUCUGUAAUGUAAGAGUAUUGCCUUAUAUGAUAUCAUUUGAUGGAAGCAUAAAAGCAUGCAUCUACUGCCAGCCCAAUCUUUUAUCAUCCAUGGACUGAACACAGCAUGGCACAGCACCAUUUAUCAAUCGCUGAUAUCAAAGGAUCGGGUGAAUGUUUGAGUUUUACUCAGUAGGCUUUAAAUGUGCCGAUCCUCGUUCAGCCACAAAGGGGCGGUGUUGUCCUCAUAUUUCCAGACAUCUUCAUGAGACGAAACCCAGAACCUGCUUGUAAUUUGCAAUCCAAACAUACCAGAAUGACCUCUGCUUGUCAGAUAUUUCCUAACGAUCACUGUGGGGUAAAUUAUGUAAAAUGAUCUGAACCUGGAAGCAGAAUUUAGCUUAUCAAGACGCUGGGGGGGGAAAAACGCAGCCACUAUUUUCACUUCAACCAAACAAAAGUGAAUCUUUGAGCUGUUUCCUUGACAAGGCUGGAUUUUUAAAAAGGGAUCUGAGUCGGCUGAUGGAAAAGCUCAAAGACGAAUAAAAAGUUUGGAUUUCAUCUUUCAAUGAUUCAGUUCUCACAGCUGUAUCUCAUUAAAAAGCAUAAAAAUAGCUCAAAUUCCUCCUCCAGGUGGGAUCUAGCCUUUAGAUUUAAAUGACAACUGUUUUCUUCCCCAGCUUUAAUUACUUGUUAGAAGUUGGUAUUAAUUAUGUCAAUAGGUUUAUUUUAUUUUCUGUAAAUGUUGACAGAAGAACCCGGAGCAUUCUUCCGUCUUUAUACCCAGCCCACAGCGAACAGUUUGAAUCAUUAACUUCAGAUUCUGCCAUGGCUUUGAUUACAAACCAGUUAUGCUUGUUUCUAUGUGAUGUAGAACUGAAACCUUGGGGUCAUGUUAUGUAACUGUACAGAGAUCAUAUAGUGUUAAAUAAAUGUCAAUUUCAACG